AAUUUCUCUUCAGAGGGUCUGCAGAAUUUUUUGGUGCUUGUUCACAUUUUCACAUUGCACUUUUUGUCGCAAAAAAGAAAACAUUUUUGGAAGGGGGGAUUUUUUUUUCUCUGGUUGCUGACAGACAGAGACAGACAGAGAGUAGGAGAGAUUCACCCUCGACGUGGACGUGGUCAGUUGGCGUGUCCCCUGCGCUCGGAGCGGCGGCUGUACAGUCCUAUGAUUCCUGCUAAACAUUUCUGCAGUUUACCCCUUUUUUAAACAACUUCACCGUCUACUUUUGUGGUGCUGUCCAUUUUUUUCGUCUGCGUUGGAAGACAGCGGUAGUCGAGGAUGUCGGUAGCAGGCCUGAAGAAGCAGUUUUACAAAGCUAGUCAGUUGGUAAGUGAGAAAGUAGGAGGUGCAGAGGGAACCAAACUAGAUGAGGACUUCAAAGAUUUGGAACGGAAAGUAGAUGUAACCAGUAAAGCAGUAGUGGAGGUCAUCUCCAAAACGUCGGAGUACCUUCAACCCAACCCUGCAUCUCGGGCCAAACUUUCCAUGUUAAACACCAUGUCUAAGAUUCGUGGACAGGUGAAGAAUCCAGGCUACCCUCAGGCAGAGGGGCUGCUGGGAGAGUGCAUGUCUAAGUACGGACGGGAACUCGGAGAAGAAACCAACUUUGGUGGAGCCCUGGUAGAUGUAGGAGAGGCGAUGAAGAGAUUAGCAGAAGUCAAAGACUCCUUAGACAUCGACGUCAAGCAGAAUUUCAUUGAUCCGUUGCAGGGGCUCAAUGACAAAGACCUCAGAGAAAUACAGCACCACCUCAAAAAGCUUGAAGGUCGUCGGCUGGACUACGACUACAAGAAAAAGCGGCAAGGCAAGAUCCCAGAUGAGGAGGUCCGACAGGCUCUGGAAAAGUUUCACGAGUCAAAGGAAGUGGCAGAGACCAGCAUGUACAACCUGCUGGAGAAUGAUAUUGAGCAGGUGAGCCAGCUGUCUGCUCUGGUGGAGUCCCAGUUGCAGUACCACAAACAGGCUGUUCAAGUGUUAGAUGAACUUUCUGACAAACUCGGAGACAGGAUGAGUGAGGCUCAGUCUAGACCCAGACAGGAAUACACACCGAAACCUAAACCUAUUUUUGACUUUGGAGAAGACAACAACCAUUCAAACGGUGGCUACUCAGCUUCAAUGGCUCCUACUCCUUCAUUCAUCUCGGCAGAGCUACCUUUUGACUUGGCCAGAUUGUCUUUUUGGAAGCCCAGAUUGUCACCGGAGCAGCCCAGCUGUAAAGCUCUGUACGACUUUGAGCCGGAGAACGAAGGAGAGCUGGGCUUUCGCGAGGGUGACAUCAUCACGCUGACCAAUCAGAUCGAUGAGAACUGGUAUGAAGGCAUGCUCAAUGGCCAGUCUGGAUUCUUCCCCCUCAACUAUGUGGAGGUUCUGGUCCCGUUGCCACACUAGUAGAAGAGUGACCUGAGAAGAGUUAGUCCAAGAGUGAGAAAAAGAGAGAGAGAGAGAGAAUAGAAAGUGAAACCAAGUGACGACUCACAGAAAAAUGUAGUUUCCACUUCGGCUCCAGUGUCAUCCUAACACAAUAUCAGCACUUUUCUAGAGUUGUGUUGAAGGUGGUUUCAUUGCAAACGUCCUAACCAGAAUAUUUAUUUUGGCUCAUGCGGACACAGAGUUUUGUUACCUGUCAUCUGACUGUCCAAAAACAUUUCUACAGAAACAAACACACACUCACUGAAACCUCGAGUAGCUCUUCUGAGAAAAGAAUAGUCUUCACAGCAGUUAAAACCUCUACUGAGCCCUUUUGCCAAGUGCGGCAUUCGUCUUCUGAUGCCCCCUGGUGGUGUAAUUGAGAAAUAUUUUUGAAAUGAAAUGGAAAUCGAAGUGUUUGUAAGGGCUUUAGUGUAAAUUUUAAAAAAAAAAUGGUAUCAUGGUUCAUUUUUGUAAGAGAAAAGAGCCAAUAUUAAUCUCAGAUUUAUGUAAAACUUUGAAUGAUUUAUAUAUGUUUUUAUUUUUUCUUUAUUUGUCAGACAUCUGUGGCUUCUUUAUCAUUUCAGUAUUGGGUUCAUAUUAGUCUCGAGUUACAACGUUAGAAAAAAACACGACAAAGUUUAUUUGCACCUCGGUCCUCAGAAUAGAUGGAGGGUUUUAAUUCAUACGUGACGGGUUGAAUCCACCCUUUUUCACACAGUUCCAAAGUAUCACGCAGAAGUUGCACCUUUUUCCGUCAGGUUUCGCAGAAACGCAGAAUCGUUUUCUUGGCCUUCAGUUUCAUACAGAGGAGCUAAGAAAUGAUGAACGAGAAGCAACAGUCAACGUUUAGAUAUUCCCCAAAUUUCUUCCGUUGUCCUUCACGUGCUCGAGAAUGUGAAAAAAAAACAAACAGAUUCCAUCUGUUGUUCUUAUCUUUAACCUCGACUCCUAACGCAGGCUGGUGUUGAAUCUGCUCAGAUGAGGCUGGUCUCUUGUUUGAUAUUUAACCAAAGGUCACACCUGCAGUUUGAAAAAGAAAAAGCCCGGAGGUGAAAGGGGAAAAAAAAAAAAAAAUUCCAACCUCAGAAUGCUCCUAGAACUCGUGACCUCUGCCAAAACACUAAAAUCUAGGUCAGAAUGUAGAGGGACACCAGCUUCUUCUUCUUCUUCUUCUUCUUUGUAGCUUUUGGAAUGGACUCCAGAUGUGAGAGUUUAUAUGUGGUCUCCGUGGCAACCAGGCUGUCAGUAGACAAUGACAAAACCGUAAGAACGUGUAAGCGUUUUGAGUAGUCAGCAGAACGCAGUAUAAAUACAUGACAUUGUGGCAAACAACAACAGAGUUGUUGAAUUGUUGAGGGUGGAAUUUUAACAAAAUCAAAAUGUUUUGAAAUAUAUAUUGUAAUAUAAACACUGUAACCCCCGAUUAGGUUUUGGUUUUUUUCCUCCAUUUCUUUAACACACUUACCACAGCAUUUUGGCAUCGCAAUCUCUACGACAGCGGUCGUCAUGUAAAAAAAAAAAAA